AAUGAUGUUGACAGGUUUACAGAUUGUGUUGACACUACAUGGUUAUUUCCUGUCCUCCGCACCACAAGGCUUGAUGGUUGAAUCACGAAGUGAAUGCAUCUCCAAGUGUUACUUCAACACAACUUGCCACACCGUAUUUUACCAGGCCUCCUCCAAGACGUGUUACUUGUCAGAUGCAGUUUACACUCAGGAUGACCUCGACGCUUCAGCGGACAUGCAGUAUCUGGAGUGGAAACGAGAUGGCUGUGACAAUGGAUACAGCUGGAAUCGGACUCUCGAUCUGUGCUACAAAGCCUACACAAGAAGAUCCAAAUCAUGGAUGGGUGCAACAAACUUCUGUAUCCAAAAUGGCGCACAUCUUCUCAAAGUUGACAACCUCGAAACAACUCUAUUAAUGAAUCACAUUGCCGUAAGUCACAGUAGAUCUCUCUGGCUUGGUGGCACUGACAUGCAAGAAGAGGGAACAUGGGUGUGGACAGACAACUCCACAUUUCAAACCGAAUGGUGGGAUACAGGCACUGAUCGGCCUCUUACAGGCGAAAACAGCAAUGACUGCCUCGUGGUGUCCCCCUGGUCUGGUGAACCUGUGAACAAAUGGCGUGAUCACAGCUGUACCAAACAGCAUGGUUAUAUUUGUCAGCUACCAGUGGCGCCAACCUGCUGCUGAUUGUAUGAUAUAGAGACGGGAACAUGUGUCCCGAGUAAUAGUUUUUAUGGUGUGUUAAUAUAUAUAAGUCUCAUGUCUGUAUUUCUGAUGCCCCCCACUGUUGUAUUGCUGGAAUAUUGCUAAAAGCCAUACUCACUCACUCUCAUGUCUGCUCUUCUGGAAUAUCAAUAACAUUGCAAAGAAUAUCAGAACUCCAACAUGCAUUGCAACAGAACACAGCUGUUUAUAAUAAUGUCAUAAUAAUUCAUAUGUUAUCCACUCGCUUGCUUACACAUCUCAGCUAUUUAUUGAGCAAACAGAUUUUUAUAUUAUACAUCAAUUACUUUUUUUCAUAUUUUCUUGAACAAAGUAGUUUUUAAUCUGACUUUUCUCUGGCGUCAUAAAUCCAU